UUUAACAGCCAUAUUUGUAAUUUCUAAUAAUACAUAAUCAGUACUACUACAAAUAGUAAAUAUCGAAUUACGCGUUAUAUUGUAUAACACAGAUUGCGAAUUUAGGUUACUAGUGAGCAAUCUGCCUAAAACCCAAUCUGCCAUUGUAUCACAAGACACGAUUUGGGUGAUCCCAAGUUAAGUUUGUUCAAAAUAGUUUUACAAUGAAGACUCGUUUUUGCGUCGUUUGUAACAAUAAAACAACAAAUGUUCUUCACUCUGUUCCUGUUGGAAAUUUAGUAAUGAGAAAAUUAUGGAUUGAUUUUAUUGAUAGUUGCGCUCCAAAUGACGGUUUGAAUUUUGAUCGAAAAUCACGAAUUUACGUUUGCUCCCAACAUUUUAUGGACAAUGAUUACAACAUUGGGGGAACAGGAAAACGCUAUCUGAGGCAUGAUGCUGUUCCUAGUAUUAUCUGCAGUACCAUUGAAACAAAUCGAGAAGAAUAUAUUUAUGAUGAGGUGGAAGUAAAGGAGCAAGAAAUUAUUUUAAAUCUUGAAGAUGACAACAUUGCCAAUGUUGCAACUGUUUCUUUUGAAACUGAACAAGUAAUAACAUCAUCUGCAAUUGUAGAACCAACUGAAGACAAUCAGUCAAUUAAAACUAUUAGAGAUGUAAAGAAAUGUAGCAAUAAAAUGGUUUUAGCCAUUGAGAAGCUUAAAAACGAAUUUAUGCUAGAACGACGUUCGUUGAAGGAAGCAGCAUCUGAGUGUUUCGCACAUAAAGGCUUUGUCUAUAUUCAAGCGUCGGGUGUCCGCAAAAACCGCGAAGGAAAAUGCAUCAAAUAUUUGCGUUGUCGGCGAUACCGUGAACCAUGGCACUGUAUCGGCACCGCCAUCGUAUACCUAAAAAGCGGCAAAGUAAUUGUUAAUACUCCCGAACAUAAUCACGGCCCAGAAGACGCAUAUCAAGAGGAUAAGGAAUUUCGUCAAUUUCUUAAAUACAUCGCAUUACGCAUUCCGGGAACCACAGGGCAAUUGUAUAAAUGCGCAGCAAAGCAUUUUCCGAACGCAGCAACACGGAUAACACUUAAACGAAUACGUGCAAGCAUGACGGCAUGGCGUAGAGCUUUUAUUUCACCGAACGUUAUCAAAAACAAACGUACGAAGAAAGUUUUAGAUAAUAACAUGAAGUAUGUUAUUGAAGUUAACGAUCAGACAUCGAAUAUUCCGCCGUUAGUUUAUUAUAAAACGGAUGCACUUACACAAGUUAUAACGAAAACGAAACAAACUGUAUUAAAUAAUGAACCAGAAGACCAUGAUUACUCAGUUAAAGCCACGGAUGUUCCAUCAUUGCAAAGUUGGUUACCAAGUUUGCCCGACACAGAAAUAGGCAGUAGUUGCAAACAUGUUAAAAGGUUAUUGGAGUGUAAAAUAUGUAUAAAGAAUAGGAUUAAUCAUACGUUUUCCUGUGGACAUAUGACUUGUGGUACUUGCGCAGCUAAAAUAUAUAAUUCGCUAGCGAAAUGUCCGGUCUGCCAAGAGACGUUUACAACAGAACCGCAUAUUUUACAUUUUGAAUAAAUUCAUAUAAGUAUUGAACAAAAGAUUGUCAGUAUUAUUGAAGAUGUGGUUACUUUAGUACGGAGAUGCACGAUUGACACGAGUUAGUACGACGUCACUGCAUUCAAUUCAAACUCGAAAACCGUUAUUUUGUUGCAUGCGUUUCUAACCUGCGUGAGUAGUUUUUUGGACAAUUUACUGAAUCAAAAACUUUACUCAUUUGUGUCUAUUAGUUUCUAUAAUUUCUAUAAACAAUGGACGAAAAUAUUAUAAGCAUGCUUCGAAGGGAUUUGAAUAUCGACUUUCAAAGAUAUCGUAAGAAUCCAACUGAACAUGAAACAAUUUCGAUAUUUACUUACUUGAUAAAUAUUAUACGACGAAGUGAUCCAGACACACCACGAACCGUACCACAGAUAUAUCGUGAUGUAAACUACCUAUUGGGAAAGUUAAACAGUUCGGUGAAAGUUUGCUUUGCGGAAUUGCUAGAGCCCACUCAGGCAACAGUUAUGGCAGUUUCCAUAUUGAGUAUGCAUGUUAGCAAGCAGAAUUUUCUACUCACUGGAGUACAUCCCAAUUUUCUAUCAAAGAUUGAUAGGGUUCAAGAGAAAAUUAAUCUGCUUAAAGAAUCUGAAGAAGAGUUGCGGCAGCUUAAAGAAGAGCUUUCAGCAAAUGAUGAUAUCCACACAUUGAAACAUUUAGCUCUAGAAGAAGAUGCACUAAUACUGCAGGAUAAAAGAAAUCUGGAAACAGAACAAGAGAAACUUGAAAACAAGUUAACAACACUGAAAUACAAGCAGGACAAGAAUAGUUUGUUAGAGGUUCAAAUUCAAGGAGUUAAGGCUGAACUUGACACAUUUGAGAAAUUUUAUGAAAAAGAAACCCAGCAACACAAGGUAAUUUCAUCAUAUGAAAGCAAAGCAUGGCAAGUGGAAGCAUUGAAUGAAGAGAUUAAGAAAUUAGAAAGUGUAUCAAACACAGCUCCAUUUCCUGUAGGGUUGGAUACUCAGAUUAUAACAACUCUACAGAAACUUUCCGAAAACAUUACACACACUUUGGAUGCUUUUGCUGAGAAUGAUGAAUUGAGUGGGGCUUGUUUUGAAAUACAGAAAAAGAUUACAAAUUUACUGAAACAAAUUGAUGAAGUGCAUGCCAGAAAAGAAGAUCAUAUGAAUGAUAAUUCAAACAUCAAGGAUCUAGAUUUGGCAUUGAAAGAAUCAAACUGCAAGAAAGCCGAUUUACUCAAGUGUAAAAAAGGAGUUUAUAAUCUAUAUUGUGAAAAACUAGCGCUCGAUGAGAAAAUCAAAAAGUUGGAGGAGAUUCAAGACGAAAAUGAGGCCACUUUGCAUACUAUUAGUGAAUGUUGUAGUAAAACCUGGGAAAACAACGGAAAACAUUAUACAUAAGAUUAUAUUGAAUAUUUAAUGUAAAAUUUAUUCAUAAUAUUGUUAUACUCACGAAUUAUGUGGAUCUCUGCAAUUAAUAUUACAUUGAAUAAUAUUCCACAAAUAGCAUCAAUUGAUGACCAAAGUAUGUAUUUCAUGACAUCAAAUUAAAAAUAAUUCAUCAACAUAUCACUCCAUCAACAAUUCAGUUGUAAAAUUACAAAAUACAAAUAUGUUACGAACACGGAUAAUCACAAUCAUAACAUAAAAAACAUCAACAAAUAAAUUAUAUAUGUACAUUCACAGUCGGAAAUGUUAAUUUAAAAAAAUACAAUCGUAAAUUUUAUGAUUAUUGCUUUCAUAGUAUAAUUAUUCGCAUCAGCAUAUCAGCUAAAUCUAGUAAAUACGAGAAAAUAAAUUCGUUUUUGUAUAAUUUCAAUAAAUAUAUUAUAAUUUCGUAAA